AUGCGAGUUCUACCGCAAGGGCUUGGGAAAACCAAGCCGUCAUUCCUCCUGCUACUAUUUCUGGUCAUUGCUAUCGCUGCUCAAGUGUCUGCUGUACCGGCGGACGAUGCAACAACGGAUACCGAUGCCGCUAAGACCACCGACGAUCCCUCCACCACUCAGAGCACCUCUAGCGCGAGCGAGACCACCACAUCUUCCACUUCCACAUCGAAGUCAAGUUCUACUACCAGCACCUCCUCUUCCUCUUCCUCUACAAGCACAACCAUGGAUACAACCACCACAUCCUCCUCCUCUUCCUCCUCCACGACGUCCGACAGCAGUACAACAACAUCAUCCGUCUCCACGACAACGGAAUCAUCAACAUCUUCCUCCUCGUCCUCCUCGUCCUCCUCAACCACAACUACCGGCGCUAUUGUGACGAUACCACCAACAGCCAACGCCCCAUAUAUGCAAGAGAGCAAUGCUCCAGAAGGCACAGUGUUCAUCGCCGUCGGCGCCGCGCUAGGCCUGAUCGGCCUAACUCUGCUCGCAUGGCGCGCAAUGGUCGCAUGGUCCGUAAACCGCUCAGUACGACGCGCCGCCGUAAUACACGCCUCUGAAUCCAAGCGCCUCCUACGCGGCAGCAGAAAGAAGCGGUCAACCCCCUAUUCUGCCGCCCCGGCAGCCGACGUAUCUCUCCAUAAACUCGGCGCCGCCACUCGCACAAGCUACAAGCCCCACCGGGUCCCGAGCGGUCCUACUGGAUCGCAUCCCAAUAUCAACGCUACCGGAAAUGCGGGAAAUCGUGGCUCGACAUACCUGCCUGCUGGAUACUACGCUGCUGCAGGUAGCUCUAACCCCGCUCCGGGUGGAGAGCCCCCAUACUCGCCCACUGCUGGUCUCUCGUCGCCUUCCCUGCCUCCUGCUGGUGUUUAUCAUGAUUCGCAUAAUCAGCGCCACUCUUAUGUGGGUGGGUCGACGAGUUCUUUGAACCUAAACCAAGCGCCGCAGGGUCGUGCUCCUAGUGCGUACCUUGAGGAUUUGUUUGAGAGCCAUGCUCCUCACAGCUCUGAUUCGGGCCGUCGGUAG